AUGUGCCCCAUCCCCGUUACAUCGCAGCAGCCUAUUCGCGCGACUGGCAUCUUUUACACUGUUAUUAGCUGCUCCCUCCCCAGGACCGCUCCAACUGGCGUCACAUCAGUCAACCCAAAUAGCGCUCGCUUUCUGGCUCGACGCCUUUGUUCCGCGAAAAUAAUACCCCGCCCCCUCAGACAAUGUCUGGGUGGAAACGGCAGCGACUCACUCUGUUUCACGACCGAUUGCUCACGAAUGCCGGCCCCCCCGUAUAGUUCUGUGUUUCCCAGCGAGACCCGUCAGACAGAAAUGUUGCACGUAUAA